GCAUGUCCUUACAUAACAACAUUCCAAAAUGCAUUUUUUUUUCUGGUCCGUAGCACCCGGCUUAGUACAGGCGUCCUUUUUAAUUUCAGAAUGAAACUUCUUGUGAUAAUAAUAACUGGAUCUGCUUCGAAAGCUUCUGCCGCAGCCUGGCACAUGACAGGCGUGUCUUUCGGUUUCCAAAUGGGCAUCCCGGUGAUUGUAAAGACCGGAACUGCUUCGAAAGCGUCUGCCGCAGCCUGGCACAGGACAGGUGGUUUUGGUUUCCGAAUGGGCAUCCCGGUGACUAUAAAACCGGAACUGCUUCGAAAGCGUUUGCCGCAGCCUCGCACAGGACAAGCGUAUUUUUCAGACAAUCCGGACCCCUCUUCCUGGUUGGUGAACACUCCGGUGACCUUGGUUUCCUUUCUUUGCAUGCGCCAGUUUUGGCGCUGA